AUGCCUCGUUCGAAGUUGCUGGCCGUCGCCACGAUUCUAUUCACGUCGCCUGCCACAGCGUGCACCCUUCUUGGAGCUGGGUCGAAAGCUACCCUUGAUGGCUCUGCCAUCGUUGGUACCACCAUGGACAGCGUGGCGGCACCGGUCGACCUUCGCCUCGUCCGUGUGCCUGCAAUGAAGCACGCACCGGGUGCCAAGCGUCCGGUGUACAACGACGAGUUGCACCACGGUUAUCCUCGAUUCGUAUCGGCAGAACGGGGUCCGGGUUACAUGCCGGUGGACGGGUCCAACCAAACGGUCACGACACCGAUGGGGUACAUCCCUCAAGUGAAUUCCACGUAUGCGUACUGGGACGGCGACUUCGGGAUGCAAAACGAGGUCCAGCUCAGCAUUGCCGAAACGACAUGCGCUGCCAGAACGGUUGGAUACCCCUUGGACAUGCCGAACGGUCGCAACUUGCUGAACAUUGGCGAAUUGAGUCGCAUUGCGCUUGAGCGUUGCGACACUGCCGUGUGUGCCAUCAAGACCAUGGGGUCGUUGGCCGAAGAGUACGGGUUCUACGGCGAGUACUCGAUGGACCAGCUCAAACCAGGCUAUGCAGGGAGUUCCGAAGCUUUGAUGAUUGCCGACAAGUACCAGAACGUGUGGAUCUUCCACAUCCUGACGGGCCCACACAACUCGGGUGCAAUCUGGGCAGCGCAGCGCCUCGGCGACGACCAGUUUACGAUUGUCCCCAACACAUUUGUCAUUCGCACGCUCAACUUGACCGACUCGGACAACUACUUGGCGUCCAACAACGUGACGGCGCACGCAUACGCCCAAGGGUGGGCGUCUCCAUCCAAGCCAUUCGAUUUCACCGCCGCCUAUGCGUACGACAGAGGAACUCCAAACAAGCCGCUCUACAGCGGCCGCCGCAUGUGGCGUGCGUACGAGACAGUCGCACCGUCGCUUCGGUUGGAUCCGGAAGUUGGCUUUCACCCCCAGGUGCCGACGUAUCCGAUGUCGGUCAAGCCCGACGCCCCGAUCUCGCACUUGACCAUCAUGCAUAUCUUCGGCGACCAUUACGAGAACACCACUUAUGACUUGACCAAAGGCAUCGCAGCCGGGCCUUUCCAUGACCCCGAACGCUACGGCUACGCCCGCAACCUCACGGGCAACUGGGAACGCGCCAUCUCGAUCGCUCGUGCCACACACAGCACCGUGCUCCAAACCCGACCAAACUUGCCCGAUGCGAUCGGCGGCGUUGCAUGUGUUUAA